AAAUAUCAUGAAGACUUAAGUAAUUUUCUGUGUAAAAAAAUGUUGUUCAACCACGUAUACUUUGUGGUUUUACUCGUCUCAUUGCCAGUUACUGUUUCACAACUGGUCGUAAACGUUAAAAACAAAGGGGGCGAUGUAAUAAAAGAAGUUAUUUCAGGUAACACGACUUCCGAUGUUGUCGAGCUGCAAUUUCAGAAUACAGACGGCACACUCAUCAAUCAGUUCAUCGACUUCAAAUCGGAAGUGCAGAUUUUCCGUGCCUUUGUACUGAGGGAGGAGGAGCUAGGAUUUACCAGAAAUAAACCCAUUACUUUAUGCUUUGUGUCCAGAUUUAACAAGAAUGAGUUCAUUUCUUCUGAUGCAAUGUCUAAACUCAGACAGAAAAAUCCCACCACGAUUCGUAGCCCAGAGGAGGAGAAGGUUCCUGAGAUGCACAUCAUGGAUCUACAGAUGGACCUGAGAAAGACGAGUGUCCUAAGUCCCUAUAUCCACAAAGUCUGCCAUAAUGCCAAUCUGACCACUUACACCAAGGAAUCCGACAUCAGAAUCUGGUCACAAGCACUGGGACAGGACUUCAAUGUGCUGAUGUCCACUUCUAAGCAGACCCACCCUGGGAAGUUCUCUAACUGUAAAGACACAGCUAACCUGACGUCCCCGUGCCUGUGUCACUAUCAUAUCUGUGUGGGCUGGUAUCCAUGUGGACUGAAGUACUGUCGAGGGAAAGACUCCGCGGGGCGUUACGUCAGUUAUCGCUGUGGGAUUAAGACUUGUCAUAGAUUUAUAUCCUAUGAUUUUGUGGCUGACAAGAAAUAUAACUGCUUAUGGGAUGAUGUUUGAUAUAAUGAAUUUUUUGUAUUUGUUUAAAACUGUAUACUCUUGCAUUUUUGUUGGGAUUGUCAAGUAAAUAUUUGAUGCUAGAAAUCAUGAAAACUUAAAUGACUGUUCCUGUAUCCACAAUUUAUUUUACACUCUGUUUAAUCCUGAUAAAGUGAAUUGUGAAGGCCAUGUUUUAUUUUCAACCUUCUUUACGGUGGUAUGGUUUUAUUAUUGAUUUUGCAAGCAAGUACAUUAAUAUUAAUUUUAUAUACACUGUGUAUAUUUUAAUAUGAUGCGUGGAGGUGAAGAUUGAUUGAUCUGAUUUUUAUGAAAAAAUCCACCCUCUUACAUUACUUCUUCACAAAAGUCUGUUGAAAUUUUAAGGAGUGCUCAAUUUCACAGACAUUUCUUCCUGUAUUUCCCAAUGUGCACAAUGUGAUAAAGUACUUUAUGUGUAUUUGGUAUUGUUAAAGAUUUUUCAGUUCAUCACAGUUUUUAUACAUUAAAUGAUCAUUUAUUGCUGUUUGGAGAAUUAUGUAGGAGUUAGAAGGGAACAAAUAAUUUUUGUUAUUUAUAAUGAUGGUGCUACAUGUAUUUUAAAAUUGAAAAUUAAAUUCAUAUAAAUACACUUUUUACUCAUUUGCAUUGUAGUUUGAUAGAGUAAUCCUACAUUUCAAAUCACUUGAAAACCAAAGAAAACUCACUUGUUAUUUUUUUAUAGAUGAAUAUGCAUGUUAGUAACCCAUACACUAUACAAAAAAAACUUUAUAGGAGAAAAUUAUUCAGUGUUAAAAUGUAUUCUUUAGAAUAUGUGCCAAAUAUUGCUUAUCUGCAUGGUUGUAUAUGUAAAUAUUUAUGCUUUUGAUUAUAGAAAUAUAUUUUACUUUUCAUAUGCACUAAGUAUAAAAAUAUUGCAGAGAACUCCAUGUCUUUGGCUUAUAACAAAAAAUUACAUUUGAACUUUGGCAACCUUAUCAUUGGUUUUGUCAAAAUCCAGAGAUAAGUUGAAUUAUUGGACCUGACAUUAUUAUGAAUACAUAUUUCAAUCAAGCUAUCUUAGAUUAUUGGAUAUGCUGACAUUUUUUGACACUUGUAUCAUAUUUCUAGUCGGAAAUGUUGACAUUUUUGACAAUCUUGACAUAUUCUAAGAUAUCAGGUUUGACUGUAUAUACUUUUGAAGACUAGUGUUGUUUUAUGCUUUUUAUCUUACCAAUGCAUCAAUGGACAGCUAUGUUUUAGAUACAGUUUUCAUACUGAGUGAUCAAAUCAACAAUGUCCAUUUUUGUGUCUAAGUGUUUGAAAUAUUGUCUUGGUGCAUACCAUCUGUCAAGUGUACCUAGAAAUAUAUGGGUACCAUGUUUAAUGACUGAAGUUUUAAGAAAAAAAUCAAUUUUACGACACUGUUGAAGUUAAGUGGUGGAGAUAUGAUGUUAAUUCUUUGAAUUCAGUGAAUAAAUUUUUCCAUGCAAA